CAGCCAUAUUUUCAUUGACUAAGCGAAUAAUUAAUAUUCAACUGUUUUCUGAUCAGGGCGAAUUUCAUGAAAAUUUCCCAUUAUUGCUAAACCAGGUUUGGGGAAAACCGGUCACUCAUUAUGGAUCGAAUAAGGAAAUGGAAUUAUUUUAAAAGGAAAAAAGAUUCUCUCCAUUUAUCAACUGUUAUCUCUCUCCAACUACAGAAUAGUAUGGGCAAAUAUAAAAAGGAAAAGCAAAGAGUAGCUCGUGACAAAGCCGGUGGGGAUGAUCGUGCUUCCAACCUCAGAGUCAAAGGUGAAAACUUUUACAGAGAUGCCAAAAAGCUGAAAUACAUCAACAUGUUGAAGGGUGGCAAAGCCAUUCGAAACUCUCAAGGCAAAAUUGUAAAAGCAGCCGAUUUCCAAAGCAGCGAAGUUAAAACAGCUAGAAUUGCACCCAACAGAAAAUGGUUUGGUAAUACCAGAGUUAUUGGACAAAAGGCACUUGAAGACUUUCGUGAAUCGCUCGCUGCAAAAGUUGACGAUCCCUAUCAGAUCUUGUUAAAGCAGAAUAAGUUACCAAUGUCUUUAUUGCAAGACGCAACAAAGCAGUCUCGUAUGCAUAUUCUUGAAACAGACAGCUUCGGCAACACUUUUGGCAAUAAGGCACAAAGAAAGAAACCGAAAUUGAACAUUGGAUCAAUGGAAGAGUUAAUGGCUAGAGUCGAUGAUACUCAUGACAGUUACAAUUCAACAAAGGAUUCCAGUUUGUUAGCCAACAAAGAAUCAGACUAUACAGAUAGUGCCCGUGCUUGGUAUCUGCAAGCCGGUCAAUCUAAACGUAUUUGGAACGAAUUAUAUAAGGUGAUCGAUUCUUCUGAUGUCAUCAUUCAUGUGUUAGAUGCUCGUGAUCCUAUCGGUACUCGUUGUCGCAACAUUGAAAACUUCAUCAAAAAAGAGAAGCCACAUAAACAAUUGAUCUUUGUUUUAAACAAGGUCGAUCUUGUACCCACUUGGUCAACUGCUCGUUGGGUAUCACACCUUUCAAAGACAGCUCCCACCCUUGCUUUCCAUGCUUCUAUUAACAAUUCGUUUGGUAAAGGUUCAUUGAUCCAGCUUUUGCGUCAAUUCUCGUCAUUACACAGCGAUAAAAAGCAAAUUUCAGUUGGUUUUAUUGGGUAUCCAAAUACCGGUAAAUCGUCGAUUAUCAACACUCUCAAAGCUAAAAAGGUGUGUAAUGUAGCUCCUAUUCCGGGUGAAACCAAAGUCUGGCAAUACAUCACACUCAUGAAGCGCAUCUAUCUCAUUGAUUGUCCUGGUGUUGUACCACCCAAUGCCGAUGAUAACGAAGUUGAUAUUAUUUUGAAGGGAUCGGUCCGUGCUGAAAAAAUGGAUAACCCAGAAGAUACCAUUCCUACUAUUUUAGAACGUGUCAGAUCAGAAUAUUUGAGAAAAACCUACGAUCUUCAAAGCUGGACUGAUCAUAAUGAUUUCUUGGAGCAAAUCGCCCGAAAGACCGGCAAAUUAUUGAAAAAAGGCGAGCCGGAUGUACACAAUGUUGCUAUCAUGGUGCUUAAUGACUGGCUUCGUGGCCGCAUUCCCUACUAUGUUCCUCCACCUGAGUCUGUAGAACCCAAAGAGGAGAAGUCCGAUGAAAAGAGAAAUAUUGGUGUUGACCAAAUAUUUAGCAACAUUCAUGUCACUAGUGAAUAUUUGGAGGAUGAUUUGGCGAAUAAUGCCAAGUUGAUUGCCGAGGAAAAAGCAAAGGUGAAACAAAAGAAGGAAGAAGAAAAUAGUACUGCUCAAACAAGCACAGAUAAAGUGACGGAUUGGGAUGAAGUAUUCGAAAGUGUAGUAGGUGAAGAAGGCCCAAAGGUGAGGGCACCAGUAAUUGAAGGCGAGGAACAGGUUGAUAGUGAAUUGGAGCUAAGUGACGAAGAUAAAGGUGCUUCAGAGGAAGAAGACACAGCAGAAAUCGAAACACUAACCAAUGCUGCGGACGUUGACGAAGAAGAGGACGAAGACAAAGAUGUAAAAGAACAGCCAAUGAAGAAACUUAAAGUCAACAAUAAUGAAACAGUGAUUGAGCGAAAGACCAAGAAGGUCGGUACACAUUAUUACGAAACCGCUAAUGUGAAGAAUAAAAACCGCAACAAAGCUAAGCCGGACGAAGAGAAAAAGAAGGUACUUCAUUCUCGCUUGAAGGGUUCGGCUAUCGCAGGCAAACGUAAGAGACGUUAAAGACCAUUGUUUAUAACCAUUUCUCUUUUGUUCAAUAUUUGUUUUUGUCUUUUUUUAUUCAUUUGGAUUUUUAAAUAAAGCUCUCAUUUAUUAUUUAUUUUGUUCAAAAAA